AGAGAGAGAGAGAGACAGAGAAGAGAGAGAGAGAGAGAAGAAAAGUCCAAAAGAAUAAUUCAUAUAAAGAAGCAACGUGGUGCAAUUCCUAUGACCCAAUUGAAAAGAAGAAAACCUCAAAGUCUCUUUUCAUGUUCUUCUUUUCUUUCCCUCUCUCUUUCUCUCUCUCUCUUCAUGCUUUAAGGCCUAUUUAAUUCUCAUGCAUGCCUUUCUCUUCUUUCUAAGGUAGAAAGAAAGAGAAAGAUAAAGAGAGAAGGGAAGAAGAAAGGAUGGCAUGGAAUGGUAUGGCAGUGUUUGUGUUUCUUGGGUUGGUUUGUUUGAUUAAUAUCAUCCAUUCCCAUGCUUAUGAGGACAAUUCAAAUGUGGGUCAUCAUUUCUUCAGUAGUUAUCAUGAUCGGAUGGUUCGGAUUGAAUCAAUCAAGGCUUCUUUACUUUCCAAGAAUGGCAUCUCCCUUCCACCUUCGCCUUCUCCUUCUCCGACACCCACUUCCCCACCAACGAAGUCGUCUAGUCCACGUGUCUAUAAUGUAACGGCCUAUGGUGCGGACCCCACUGGCGAAAUGGACAGCACAGAUGCGAUCCUGAGCGCUAUUUCAGAUGCAUUUCGUGCUCCUGAUGAGGACAGGGUUUUGAUGCCAGGAAUCAGAGAUCUUGGGGGAGCAGAGGUCCACCUUCAGGGAGGAGCGUACAAGAUCAGCCGUCCAUUGAGAUUGCCGGCCUCUGGUGGCGGAAACUUCAUGAUCCAUGGAGGAUCUCUACGUGCAUCUGGUGACUUCCCAACAGACAGGCAUCUAAUCGAGCUAUGGCCAUCUUCAUCCUCCAAACUAACCUCAAUAGAAAAGGAAGAAGCUGAUGGGCCCACCCUAGAACAAUCUGCAGCCGUCGAAUCAUUCUCCUCAUCCUAUGAGUACAUCACACUCAAAGACCUCAUGCUGGACUCUAACUACAGAGGAGGUGGCAUUUCAGUAAUCAAUUCACUCAGAACCUCUAUACAGAACUGCUACAUCACCCAUUUCACUAGUGAUGGAAUCCUAGUCCAAGGAGGACAUGAGACGUUCAUCAAGGACUCCUUCCUGGGCCAGCACAUCACAGCCGGUGGAGAUCCUGGCGAGAAGAACUUCUCUGGCAUUGCAAUCAAUCUCAUGGGCAAUGACAAUGCUGUCACUGACGUGGUCAUUUUUUCAGCGUCGAUCGGUGUCUUAGUAGUGGGCCAGGCUAACAUACUAACUGGGGUCCACUGCUACAAUAAGGCCACAGGAUUCGGUGGGACCGGGAUUUAUCUACGACUACCGGGUCUGACCCAGACCCGGAUCGUUAAUUGCUAUUUGGACUACACUGGGAUAGUAGCUGAGGACCCGGUUCAACUCCACGUCAGCGGAUCGUUUUUCCUCGGCAAUGCUUACGUGGCACUUAAGUCUAUCAAGGGUGUCAUACGUGGCCUCAACAUCGUAGAUAACAUGUUUUCCGGUGAUGGUAGUGGGGUUGAUAUUGUUAAGUUGGACCAGUCGAAUGGGCCAUUCACGACCGUUGAUCAGGUCGUUGUUGAUAGGAAUGAUGUACAAGGGAUGGGUCUUAGAUCGACGGUUGGGAGGGCGUCUGUGGAUGGGAGUGCGAGCAGGUGGGCCGUUGAUUUCUCUCGCGUGCUUUUGUUUCCUAAUCUUAUCAGGCACGUGCAAUAUUCGUUGCAGGUGGGUGAUGGAUCGUUUCCUAACCAUGCGUUAAGGAACGUAUCGGGGAAUCGGGUUGUGGUUGAGUCGGAUGUGCCGGUGGAUGCUAAUGUGUAUGUGUGGGUGGAUCAAAGUACGGGGAGUGUUGGGUGAAAUGAUGAAGGGUAGAGAUGAGAGGGGAGAAGAGUGGGCCACUGGAAGGAGUUGGGCCAUGAAGAAAUCAGUAGGGCACUCUCCCAAAUGCAGGAGAAGUGAUGUGUCAUUUCAUCAUUU